AUCUCGAAUCAGUUGGUAACUUUACAGAGCGAGUCCGAUAUUGAGUUCGAGUACAACGACUGUGACACACUUCUUAGUGAACUAUCGGAGCUUUACACCUAUUCUGAACUGGACGAUUUUGCCAGCAACAUCCAGUGUUGGAAGGUGUAUGCUGACAAUAAUGGGAUUCUGGCUCCAUUCCACUUCUCAUCUCUACCAGAAGCGAAGAAGAUGUUUAUUAUGCAAGAUCUUUGCGCAAGAAUGGAAAGCGCUGAACCUGAUGUGCGACUCGCUAGUGCUCGUAUUGUCCUCUAUAUUCUGCAGGGCGCGUACCUCGAUUUCAGCGAAGAGGAGGAGGUUGAGGCAGGCUUAUUAUUGAGUGCCACAACACUGGACAAGGGAACAGGUGGCCAUGAAAAGGAUUGUAUUUACAGCGCCUUCCUUAAUGCUCACAUCGCUUAUAAAGCGGGAGCCUAUCAGGCUCUCUGUACGCUCUCUCAUGGCAGAGAUAUGUGA